AUCUCUCCUUCCUUCACACAUGCUACGCAUUAAUGAUUAUGUGCAACCUUUGAUGAUGCCACGAUGCAAACAGCCAGACUACAAAAAUAGAUUCCCGAGCCUGUCUGAGAUCUUGACCUUAGAAUAAUGGCGUCCCGUCUCUCGUGCACAGGAAAGAGAUUUUUAUAGCUUUGACCUCUUUCCCGUUUCCGGUUGGCUCCCGCCCCAUGUAGCCAUCUUAUAUUUUCUGGACAUAAAGGGUGACAGAGAAAGGCGUCAAUGCAAACAACAGACUUGAUAAUACACAUCUCAACAGACGGCAACGACUGAACAAAUGUAAAGGUCCAAUAUGACAGACGGUGGACUGGGUGACGAGGACCUGCAGCCGCGCCCCGCAUUCAAACUGAAAACAGCUAGCUAGUGAGCUAACGUUACAGUUAGCUCACUAACAAGGAGCUGCCAUCAAGGAAUAACGUUAGCUUUCUCUGGCUGCUUAUAUUCCCCUUACUGUCUGUGGUUGUUCCAAUAGCUAGAUAGCCAAGGCAGAAGCAGUAGUGGCGCAAUUGGUUUGCCAGCGUUUCAAUAAAGGUGUCUGAGUGGUGCAGUGGACGACGUCGGGGAAAUGGGAAACCGAGCUAACGUUAGCUCUCUGAUCUGAGGCGGUGGUAAACUAGUAUCAGUGCUGCGAAGCUGCGGAUCCUCCCAAUCACUGGGAACGCUUAAUUCGUAGCUGGCUAAAGGAUCACCGUAAGCGCUGGAGCGGGCCAUGCCGGCGAGCGUCAGGGCAGGGAACCUGAAGGAUGUGGCGGAUCUCUUCUACAGGGCGACCCAGCUCUUGUAGCCGACCUCGGGGGAUGGGACCGCGGGGAGCUUUGGAGCCGUCUACUUUGCAAGAGAUGUGCGCUCCAAUGAAGUGGUGGCCAUCAAAAAGAUGUCCUACGGUGGCAAGCAGUCCAAUGAGAAAUGGCAGGACAUCAUAAAGGAAGUGAAGUUUCUCCAAAAGCUGCGUCACCCAAACAUCAUUGAGUACCGAGGAUGCUACCUCAGAGAACACACCGCCUGGCUGGUAAUGGAGUACUGCCUGGGAUCUGCAUCCGACCUCCUGGAAGUGCACAAAAAGCCGUUACAGGAAGUGGAAAUAGCUGCUAUUACCCAUGGUGCACUGCUAGGCCUGGCAUACCUCCACUCACACAACAUGAUCCACAGGGAUGUGAAGGCAGGUAAUAUCCUCCUAACGGAACCGGGUCAGGUGAAGCUGGGUGACUUUGGCUCCGCCUCCAUUCUCUCUCCUGCCAACUCCUUUGUGGGAACCCCAUACUGGAUGGCUCCGGAGGUGAUUCUGGCGAUGGACGAGGGCCAGUACGAUGGGAAGGUGGACGUCUGGUCCAUAGGCAUCACCUGCAUCGAGCUCGCUGAGCGGAAGCCUCCUCUCUUCAAUAUGAAUGCUAUGAGUGCCUUAUACCACAUCGCCCAGAAUGAGAGCCCUAUCCUGCAGUCCAACCACUGGUCUCAGGUCUGCAGAAGAUUCCUCUGCAGGAUUCCUCAGGACCGGCCCACAUCAGAUGUGCUGCUCAAUCACUGUUUCCUGUCUCGAGAGCGCCCCCUGACAGUGGUGAUGGAUCUGAUCGCGCGCACCAAAGACGCGGUGAGGGAGCUGGACAACCUGCAGUACCGCAAGAUGAAGAAGAUCCUCUUCCAGGAGACGCACAACGGCCCCACGCCCGAGGGAGUGGAAGAGGAGGAGGAGGCGGAGCCCUAUCUGAGGACCGGUACGGUGAGCAGUCUGGGCAGCAGCCAAUCAGUGCCCAGCAUGUCCAUCAGUGCCAGCUCCCAGAGUUCCUCUGUCACCAGCCUGGCCGACCAAUCAGACGACAGCGCAGAGAUGGCCAUGAUGCAGGAGGGAGAACACACCGUAACCUCCAACAGCUCCAUCAUACACCGCCCCAUGGUUCAUGACAUCAUCUAUGAUGACCCAUACCAGCCAGAGGUGGAGCAACAAGCCCCGCCCACGGGGGCACGCAGGAGAGGUUACUAUAGAAACAGGGAUCACUUCGCCACCAUACGCACAGCCUCAGUGGUGACGCGGCAGAUGCAGGAGCACGAGCAGGGUUCUGCGCUGCGGGAGCAAAUGACGGUCUACAGACGCAUGCGGCGGCAGCACCAGAAGCAGCUGGUUGCCAUGGAGAACAAGCUGAAGGCGGAGAUGGACGAGCACCAACUCCGCCUGGACAAGGAGCUGGAGAACCAGAGGAACAACUUCAGCACCGAGACGGACAAGCUCAACAAGAAACACCAGGCCAUCCUGGAGAAGGAGGCGAAGGUGGCUCAGGCGGAGGAGAGGAAGUUCCAGCAGCACAUCCUGUCCCAGCAGAAGAAGGAGCUUAGCAGCCUGUUGGACACGCAGAAACGCCAGUACAGGACACGCAAGGAGCAGCUCAAAGAGGAGCUGAGUGAGAACCAGUCCACCCCUAAGCGAGAGAAGCAGGAGUGGCUGGUGCGGCAGAAGGAGAACCUGCAGCAGAUCCAGGCGGAGGAGGAGGCAGGGUUGCUACGGCGACAGCGUCAGUACUACGAGCUGCAGUGCCGACAGUACAAGAGGAAGAUGCUGCUGGCCCGCCACAACCUGGAGCAGGACCUGCUGAGAGAGGACCUGAAUAAGCGUCAGACCCAGCGGGAUCUGGAGUGUGCGAUGCUGCGGCGACAUCAUGAGUCCACUCAGGAUCUGGAGUUCCACCAGCUGGGGGCGCUACAGGCCACGCGGUCCGAGCUGAUCCGCACGCAGCACCAGAGCGAGCUGGCCAAUCAGAUGGACUACAACCAGCGCCGCCACAACGAGCUGCGCCACAAACACACCGCCCAGGCCCGCCAGCAGCCCAAGAGCCUCAAGGCUAAGGAGCUGCAGAUCAAGCGGCAGUUCCAGGAGACGUGUAAGAUCCAGACGCGGCAGUACAAGGCGCUGCGGAACCACCUGCUGGAGGCGACGCCCAAGAGCGAGCACAAGAACGUGCUCAAGCGCCUCAAGGACGAGCAGACGCGCAAGCUGGCCAUCCUCGCCGAGCAGUACGACCACUCCGUCAACGAUCUGCUGUCCACUCAGGCUCUGCGGCUAGACGAGACCCAGGAGGCGGAGUACCAGGUGCUGCGCAUGCAGCUGCAACAGGAGCUGGAGCUGCUCAACGCCUACCAGAGCAAGAUCAAGAUCCACACGGACGCGCAGCACGAGCGCGAGCUCAAGGACCUCGAGCAGAGGGUGUCCAUACGCAGGGCCCUGCUGGAGCAGAGGAUCGAGGAGGAGAUGUUGUCCCUGGAUACGGAGCGUUCGGAGCGUAUCCGGGCUCUGCUGGAGCGGCAGGCGCGGGAGAUCGAGGCCUUCGACUCGGAGAGCAUGCGUCUGGGCUUCAGCAACAUGGCACUGUCGGGCAUCCCCGCGCAGGCCUUCAGCCAGGGCUACCCGGCGCCCGCACCCUCCCCCGCCUGGCCCUCUCGCCCUGUCCCUCGCUCCGGCAGCCACUGGACACACAGCGUCCACAGCUCAGUGGCCCCGCCCUCCUGGAGGAGUCAGCACAGCAGCGCCAGCUUCACCCGCGAGGCCGGCCACUCCGGCCGCGAGCGAGAGAGAGAGCGGGAGAGGGAGAGGGAGGCGGACAUGAUGAGUGGCAGGGGUGUGGCCUCCUCCCACUCCUCUGGCUCCUCCUCCUCCUCCUCGUCUGGCUCCUCCCACCUGCAGGCGCAACUCUACCUGCCGCAGCUUCACCACCAGAGCACGCCACACCUGUACCGGGAUCACCACGGCAACCACACACCCCUGCCCCACCACAUGCCCUCCCACGCCUCCGCCCAGUCUCUGGCCCCUCCCCUGCGCGCCUCGUCACCACCCUCCUCCUACGCCAGAGGCCCCUCCCACCUGGCGCUCAGGAACAGCCCCCAGCCGCUGCGAAGGACCGCCUCCGGGGGAGGUCAAGGGGCGGGGCCAGGCGAUGGGGCUCUCAGCCGCAGCACGUCAGUCACCUCCCACAUCUCCAAUGUCUCGCACCUGUCCUACUCUUAAAGGGCCACGCCCUCCUGUUAGAGGCUCACCUGUCCUACUCUUAAAGGGCCACGCCCACCUGUUAGAGGCUCACCUGUCCUACUCUUAAAGGGCCACGCCCACCUGUUAGAGGCUCACCUGUCCUACUCAUUAAGGGCCCAGGCUCACCUGUCAUUCUCCUAAGGGCCCAGGCUCACCUGUUACAGGCUCACCUGUCCAACUCAUUAAGGGCAGAAUCUUCCCUGCCCCGCCCCCUCCCCAACAGGCCACACCCAGGGGGCGGACUUGUCUUAGGGGGGUCGGGGGGGAUUAUAACCUUGUUCAUUACUGAGUUAUGUACAAAUAUGUGAUGAAUGAAAUGAAGUGUAAGUAAGGCAUGAAGAGAGAGAGGAGGAGGAGAGAGAGAAAGUGUUGACAUUAUGAUACUGAUCUGGGACCAGAGGGGAGGGGCCUGGACCAGAGGGGAGGGGCCUGGACCAGAGGGGAGGGGCCAGAGUGUGAACGUGGAACCCGUUGGGGAGGGGAAGUGUGCAGUUAUCAAUCAGAUGCAGUUAUCAAUGUAUCUGAUCAGACAGGUCCAUUUGUAAAUAUGAGUGGGACACCUACAGCAGACACACACACACACACACACACACACACACACACACACACACACACACACACACACACACACUUGGGCUCCCUCUCCCUCUCACACACUUUUCCCAGUUGGGCUCCCUCUCCCUCUCUGCGCUGUGUGGAGGGUGGGCCAAUGUGGCGCCCGUUAGCACCAUGCUAGCAGGUGCCUGUUAGCAGCUACUGCCUGUUAGCAGCUACUAACGUCACAUUUACCUCUGUUUACUGGUGCCAACAAGUCCUGUGGUUCCCUUCUCUGGGUGCUAACACCUCGUUUAGCGUGUUUUUAAACAGGUACCAUCAUUUAGUUCUAUGAGCUAGUGCCAUUGUCUUAACACUUCGUUAGCAGAUGCUAAUUCCUCAUUUAGCUUGAAUUUUAGCAGGUGCCAACACAUCAUUUCACUCUAUUAGCUGCUGUUAGCUCUCACAUAGCGCUAAGCUAACAGAAAAUAACUAUUAUUUUAUUUUGAAUCUGGUAUGUUUUAACAGGUGCUAACUGGUGCCUGUGUUGGGGAGCAACAUGCUGCUCAGCUAGGCUCCAACCCGGGAGGAGUUAGCGGAAGCUUAGCAAGUUAGCAAGCUCACUUUGUCAUGCUGUGACUAGUGGGCAAUGUCCCUCAGCUUGACCUUGGUGAUACAGGCCAACACUAAUGUCCCUCAGCUUGACCUUGGUGAUACAGGCCAACACUAACAUGACCUUCAGCUUGACCUUGGUGAUACAGGCCAACACUAAUGUCCUUCAGCUUGACCUUGGUGAUACAGGUCAACACUAACAUGACCUGUAGCUUGACCUUGAUGAUGACCUGUAGCUUGACCUUGGUGAUGACCUGUAGCUUGACCUUAACUGAUGGAAACUGAGCUGUGUUAGCACUCUACCCAACCGUGUAACCAAGGGAACCAGCUGUUGACGGAGCAGUGAUCCCCAAUGCUUCAUUUGCGUGUUUUUAGCCAAGCAGCACGCUACGUUUGUGCUACGUGUAGCUUAGCAUGACCAGUGCAGCCCCUCAUGAUAGGAACCUGACCUCUGACCUCUGACCCCCCACACAGCCAGGAAAAAUAUGAGGAGGCUGCAGAUCAAGACAGGAAGUUGGCCGUCUUGACUUCCUGUUGACGUAAAGCGUGCACGUGUUUAGAUGUUGGACAUGUGUGUACACUUGUGUGUGUCUGUGUGUGUCUGUGUCUGUGUCUGUGUGUGUGUGUGUGUGUGUGUGUGUGUGUGUGUGUGUGUGUACACGUACGUACAGGUUGAUGCAUGAUAACAUUGUACAGAAAGCAUGUAUAGCUCAUACAUACAUACAUACAUACAUACAUACAUACAUACACAUGCAUACACACACAUACAUACACACACAUGCAUACAUAGAUACACACACAUACAUACAUAUGCACUGCAUACAUACACACAUAGAUAGA